AUGCAGCAGCCCAUCUACCAUCACCAUCAUCACCACAACCACCAUCACCACCAUAGCAUACCAGCAGGCCCACCGAUAUUACAAUCAGUCAACGCACCAGUAGUAGCACCGGACGCCAUACUGCUACCUCCGCACCGGCUUCAAACUGCACCGCAGCAGCAGCAGCACCACCAUCACCAUCCACUCUCGCUGCUCGCCUCGGUGGACGCGCCAGCACCAUACCUCAGCCGGAGACUGUUUGUCGAUCGGUACCUGACAUCGGCCACGCUCAACGUGCCGUUUCUGACCGGCGCCGAACACAGUAUGACGGCCAGCAGUAUCGGUGCGACGGUCGGUGGCAGUGCUGGCGGUUUACACUGA